UCAAGCUUCGGGUCUCUGGCUUUGGGAGUCACAGACAGUGUUUCUUUCACGGGUCGAAAAGACUCGGAACAAGUCAGGGAGACAGUUGCGCUGUCUCCUCCGUCGCUGUCUACGUCAAUUUUCAACUUCCACUCUUUCUCCUCCUCUUCAUCGUCUUCUUUCUUCUCUUUCUUUUUCAGAGGUUCACCCACGCUCUCUACGGCCGUUGCGUCUUUGCCGGGCUCAGCCCAGGAAGGAGAGAGAGAACCAACUGGACUGCUCAAGUCCUCCAUGUCCACCUCAAUCAGUUCCUGCUCGUCUCUCUCGUACAGAUGAAACCCUUCCGACUCCCCCAUCCCGAGAUCUUCAAGACCCCCGCCAAAGUCGCCAAACGGGGGUAUGUCUCCCCCAAUUUUCUCUGCGUCCUCUCUCUCUCCCUCUCCACACUCCAGUUCCUUUUCCACAACCACACCUUCUUCGUCUCUUACUGUCACACUCUCUGGUCCUUCUUCCGCUGUGAGGGUGGCUUCCGUUCCAUCGUCUUCCUCGCUGCUCUCCUCGUCAGAGGUGGAGUCGAUGUAAUACUCCACCAUCUUCCUGACUGGCUUAGAGUCCUCUGCUUCUUCUUCCAUGGCUGCAAACACAAGAACACUAAACUUUCUAUUUAACGCGCAGCGACAGUUCUAAUUAAUGCAACCUGGGGGUUAACCUGUUAGAGUGUGGACCGAGCGUCCUACAGACUACAGCAAGCAUUUGCAGUUGGAUCUAGAAGUCAUCAUGGAGAGAAAGACACAUGCUGCGGAAGAAAAGACCCCAAAAGAGGUCUCUAAACCGGCCGCGUACCAGCCGUGGGAUUUACACAACUGGAUGAAAUUUUUGAGCGAGCGAGCACCCCCACUGUUUUUCCUAAUGAUGGCAGCUGGUCCCUGCCUCUCGAUACUCUACAGCAAGACUGAGGGUUUUCCGAUUGAGAAGUUCAUAUGGGCCAUACUAGGAGAGCAGGUGCUCUUGCUUUUGGUUCGAAUCAUGGACGACGUGAAAGACUACGAAAAAGAUAAAAUUGUGCAUCCGGACAGACCACUACCUAGAGGGCUGAUAAAGUUCGAAGAGGUGUCGCUGUUUCUCAACAUUGCAAUGCUGUCCACUGUGGUGUAUGGCGUUCUACUGGGCCUUCGUUAUGGGGCCCCAGUUGGCGUCAGCUAUGAGUUUCAGGUUGCCUAUGGGUACCUGAUGUACGUUGAGUUUGGAGUUGGGGAAUGGCUGGAAAAGAAUCCAUUUCUCUAUUCUUUCACUCAUGAGAUAUCAGCAUUCUUAAUCCCCAUGUUCCUGACUUCCCUGAGGGGCGACGGUUUGUUCAGCUGGGAGGGAUUAUUCUCCGGUUGCCUCAUCUUCUCCUCUUUCUUCUCGUACGACAUCUGUCGAAAACUUGACCCUUAUCUGCCAAAGCUGAAGGGAACGUACCUGGUGAUAUAUGGAAAGUGGCCAGUGUUUGUGGCAACAUCAGUGCUCUCUGCGAUGGGGAUGAUUGCGUCAUAUGCUUUGGACCUUCACGGAUUGCUCUGGCCUCUUCAGUUGGCUCUGGUUGGGAGUGUACUGUUGCUCACUGUGCUGCCGCCACAGUCUCGGUCGUCCAAGAGACACAAACCAGUCGAGAUUCUGUCUGCAGUGAACUUGAUCCUACACCUGUGGGUGCCCUUCUUUGCUAAACUACUAUCCUCACAACAAUGACUCUUGGACAAAUAAUUAUUUUUUUGCAUGAUUGACUUUCCUCAAUCUCCUAUAAUAACUGUAUUUUCAAAUAUUCUAGUGAUUUUGAUCAUUAGUCUGUGAGCAUCAUAGCACUGCCACAUUAGGACACAUUAAUCUGCUCCAAACAUUGGAAUGUGUAUAAUGGUGAUGAUAAUGGAGAUAAUGCAAGUAGCUAGUUGAUUUUGGCAUAACCGGUAGUGGAUUUUGUCCGAUGAUGUUUAAAAACACAUUAGAAUAUAAUAUACGGGUAAUGGAUUUUGUCUGGUGGUAUUAAGGAUUUCGUCAGACGACGUCAAUCAAAGAUUAUCGGCAUAAAAGCGGGUGUCCACUGGUCUCCCCCCGAGACCUGGAAUGAGCAGGUCUGGAUUCGUCGCAUCGGAUAGGACACGACCCAAAAUCCCUCUCAUGUUUGGGCGAUAGUUCUCCUCGAAGUUUAUCAUGUCGUUUCGCAGGGAGUGUGGUCGUAGUUGUGGAAUCUUUCACGCAGACCCUGUAGGCCUCUGACCAGUGGUUCUUCAACGAGAAGUACGUCUUCAGCUUCUCCAAACUCUAGCGAACCUUUCGUGAUGUAGAGCGAGUGCUUGAAUUUUUCCUGUAUCUCUUCCAGUUGCCUUAUCUGUCGGUUCAGAUGUGUUGUCUUCUGCUCAAAGAUGGAGUUUGCGUCUUGCUUGAGACGUCUGCUCUCCUCCUCCAGUGCCUGACGCACAGCCUCCGUUUUUCUGUCAAUUUCCGCCUCUGCGUUUCCCUUUCGUUCUUCCAGCUGCUGCUUCAAGGUUUCUAACUGUCCAACCGUUGUGGCGAAGACUCGCUCCAUCUGGGCCGUCUCGUCGGAUUGCUGUGCGACUCUGUCGACGUGGUUCUGGUCUCUGUACGCCUCCAGUGCAGUCGUUGACCUGUGGCCCGGCUCGUGGGUGGCCCUGCACGUCUGACACUGCAGAACCCUGCAAUCCGUGCAGUAGAGGUACACUUCCACGUUGCAGUGUCCCGGAGCCGCGUUUUCAUGUUGCGGGCAGUUCCAGCGUCCGUGUCGGGCGGGGUUGGUCCUCUUAUCCACCAGUUCGUGCCUCUCCGUUCUUCGAGCGUCGCGAUGGCGCUCCACGCACCUAUCGCAAAGACUGAUACGACACACGGUGCAAAACGUGUCCGCUUUUCUCCCCGCCUUUUCGCAGUCUUCGCACUGGAUCAAACCCGGGUCGGAAUGACGCGCCGUGUCUCUCGCGACGUGUCGCGAAAAGUUCUCGAAGAAAAGGUUUGUCGGUAGGUUCUGAACGACAGCUUCGCUCCCGUUCCCGAGGAGAGGCGGAUUUUGCUCGACGUCGCAAGUCGGACAGGGAAGUUCGCGCCGCCGAUCAUCGUCCGGAAGGUCGUUAGCGUAUCGUACGAGGCAGUCCUCGCAGAAGGAAUGCAGACAAUGCAGGGUUUUUGGCGCCGCUGGUACUUCUUUGUUACAUAGAGUGCAACCGAUGGCCUCGCGAAAUUGCUGCAGAGGUCGCAGCUCUCCGCCGCCGCCCGUAGCCAUGGCGCCAGCUCUUUGACUGAAUAGCGCAGCUA